AUGAAACCCGAUAACGAAGAAUCAACUAGUAAUCAAAUACCAAGAUAUUUAUCAAGUCAUAAUAAAGCAUUUGAACAAAUGAUCAAUCCUAUACUUGAAAAAACAACAACAACAACUUCUAUCAAUAUUGAAUAUUUACGAGAGAUUGCUAUUCUUAUUCACCAACUUGAAUGCAUUAAUCUUGAUAGAUUACUAUGGACGACAUAUUUACGUUCUGGGACAGAAUAUUAUCAACAAAAUCCAAAUGAAUAUCAAAAACAAAUAUUUGAAAAUCUUACUCAAGCCAAAUAUGAAAAAGAAACAUCUAAAUUUGAUGUAGCAGUAUUAAAACAACGUAUUGCUUAUAAUCAUUUACCACAAUCAUUUGAAUCACUUAAAAUACCUCCACCCAUAUCAUUCGAUACACUUACUGGUACGAUGACGCGUCAACGUUUAAAGGAUCGAUGUGAGAAAAUUUUACAACGAACGAAAUCCGAAAUGAUGAUGAUUUAUAUUACAUCAGCCGAAGCAAAAAUGAAUGAAUAUGGAAAGAAAUUCGAUACAGACUUGGCUAAAAUGAAAGAAAAUCAAUCUUCUGGUCCAUCACAUAAAAAAUUAACUCAAACAAUGUUGAAUAUAAUGGAACGACGUUUUCAGAAUAUAAAUGAACGUCUUAUAUAUCUUUACAAAUUAAAACUACGUUUUUUCGUCAAAGCUCCGACGGUCAAGAAUUAG